AUAAAUAAAUAAAAAAAAUUGUCAAUUAAUUUAAGAAAAGCAAUUUCAAGUAAAAUUUAAGGAACUGUCAAUUUGUUAAAAAAAAAUGUUAAAUAAAUCAUCACUCCGUUAUUUGCUGGCGACAGGAAAUAAAAAAUCCAGCAAAAAAUUGUCGUCAGUGAAAAAUUUCUCCUCACUUUUGAUGACAAAUGAAAAUACGACAAAUAGUGCUUUGGACCUGGCAACUCCAUCGACAUCCACGGGCAGUAAUCGCGGGGUAUCGACCCGAAGUGCCAGUGCUCCAACAACGCCAUUCAAGUCAGCAAUUGUCAAAAGACAGUUUCACGAAACGAAUUUCCAGGAAGAGCAGAAAAAGUCCAAAAUUGCCAUCAAGCGACACAAAAAAGGUGGCAGAGUGACAAUUAAACGGUCGCGCAGCAUAAUUUCCGUUAAUAUGAUCAACAGUCCCGUUGUUUUGACAAGUUCAUUACCGCCAUUUCCUGCGUUACCGAGUCUUGGACCCAAUUAUUCGAGGAGUAUUCAAAAGGUUUUCUUUGAUGUCGACACCAUCGAGCUAGAAAGCCAAUCACCAUCAUCAAUAAAUUAUCGGACAUAUACCACAGAUUAUAUUUUGCCACCUCAACGUGAUGGUGAGCAACGCAGUGCAGAAGAUCUCCUCUUCGACAUGUUCAAAGAUGAAAAGACCGACUUGGUGGCAGUAGGAAAAUUCCUCGCUGCCUUACGUACUUGCGGUAUCCGAAGAAAUGACCCGCGUAUCAAUGAGCUCAUCGAAAACUUGAAAAAAGUUCACAAAACUGCUGGAUAUGAAGGCGGUUCACCAGAAACCCAGAACUUGAAUCGAGAAACUUUUAAAUCGGUCAUUCAACCGAACAUUGUCUUGGUUGCUCGUGCGUUCCGACAUCAAUUGGUCAUUCCCGAUUUCCUCGGGUUCACAAAGGACAUUGAAGAGCUCUUCUGGAAGUGCAAGAGUAACACAGACGGAAAGGUAGCCAGUUAUAUUCCGCAAUUAGCGCGCGUCAAUCCCGAUUAUUGGGGUUUGUCGCUUUGUACGGUCGAUGGUCAACGAUUUUCGAUUGGCGACUCGAAUAUUCCGUUCACACUUCAGAGCUGCAGUAAGCCUUUAACGUAUGCGAUUGCAUUGGAGCAAUUGGGAGCGGAUUUGGUGCAUCAAUAUAUUGGACAGGAACCCAGUGGCAGGAACUUUAAUGAACUUGUGUUGGAUUAUAACAAGAAACCACAUAAUCCCAUGAUCAAUGCGGGAUCGAUUUUGACAUGUUCUCUUUUAAAGACGUUGGUUCAUCCGGAAAUGGGUCUCGCUGAGAAGUUUGAUUACACUCAAAACUACUUUAGACGCAUGGCUGGCGGAGCUCCUCUCGGCUUCAAUAAUGCCGUUUUCUUGUCCGAACGUGAAGCUGCAGAUCGAAAUUAUGCUCUUGGCUUCUACAUGCGUGAACAUAAAUGCUUCCCCGAAAAGGCAAACUUGCGUGAAUGUAUGGAUUUCUACUUCCAGGUUUGCUCCAUGGAAGCCACUUGCGAAAGCAUGAGUGUCAUUGCCGCUACUCUCGCCAACGGAGGCGUCUGUCCCAUCACCGAGGAGAAAGUUUUGCGUCCCGAAGUCGUUCGCGAUGUCCUUUCCUUGAUGCAUUCGUGCGGCAUGUACGACUAUUCCGGGCAGUUUGCCUUCAAAGUUGGAUUGCCAGCGAAAUCUGGCGUUUGUGGCGGAAUAAUUCUCGUGAUUCCGAAUGUCAUGGGAAUGUUUUGUUGGUCGCCGCCAUUAGACCCGAUCGGAAAUACCGUUCGUGGUGUGCAACUUUGCGAGGAACUUGUAAAGGUCUUCAACUUCCAUCGUUACGACAACUUGAAACACGCAACGAACAAAAAGGAUCCACGUCGUCACAGAUACGAAACAAAAGGCUUGUCGAUCGUUAAUUUACUCUUCUCCGCUGCAAGUGGCGAUGUCACGGCAUUACGAAGACACAAAUUAAGCGGCAUGGAUGUCACAAUGGCCGAUUAUGAUGGAAGAACUGCGUUGCAUUUGGCAUGUGCGGAAGGCAACAAAGAUUGCGCGCAAUUCCUAUUGGAGCAAUGUGGCGUCCCCCAUUCACCUCGUGAUCGUUGGGGUAACACCCCCUUGGAUGAAGCCGAAACCUUCGGACACACCGAAGUCAUCGAAUAUCUCAACGAAUGGAUCAAAAAAGACGCCGAACGGAAAGCGGAAGCUGAAAACAAAGAAAACACCGAAAAAGCUGACGACUUUAUAGGUGAUAAGAAAGAAGCUGCCGGCUAUGAUCGGAGUGUCAAGUCAAGUCCACCGUUGACAGGAAGUGAUGAUUAUAUGAACUAAGUCACUUCCUGUAAAAAAAAAAGUGUGUUAGUGUGUGAAAGCUUCUGAAUUAGAGACAAAUUCCUUACUAAAAAAAAAUUAAGUUUAGCCUAAAAAUCAUAAAAUGAUGAUAAUAAUUAACUUUUAAGUGUGUAUUCCUAAAAUAAAUUGAACAAAUAACGGUUUGAUGACUCUCAGUAACUUAUGACAAUAAUAAUAAUUUAAAAGUGAAUGAGAACUUAAUAACUCUUUAUUGUGGAAAGCUGUGCUUUUUAUGAGCUUUUAGUAAUAUUUUAAUUGAUAAGUUUAGUUGGUAGCUUUUAGUUUCGUAGUUUAAAAAUAUUUUAUUUUUAUAAAAUAAAUAAAUUAUCAAAUCUACGCUUUGAAAAAGCACAAAUAUAAACAUUGU